AAAAAAAAAAAAAACCAGAUUGCGAAUAACUUUCUGUCUUUCUGUUAAUGAGAAAAUAUAUCAUGAGCAGAUGCCAAGGGCAGACAUCAUAUCAUGGUGGAGAGAUUUUUCAUAAUUUUCAGUGGUGCAGAUGACACUCUUCCCAUGUCUGGGGAAUUGCCUGCCCAGAGUCUGGGAGAGAGGCAAGGCCUGGGAGCCGCUUUCCUGGCCUGCCGUGCAGCUGAGGCACUGGCAUGCAGCCUGAGCCAGGCACACUUGCCCACGCCCUGGAAUGGAGAGCCAGUGACCCAGAGCAGUGGGGAUGUGAGCUUCUCCUUCUCUGGGGGUGGAGUAACGGCAGUGAGACCAAGGGGCCGGGGCAAUGGUUGAGGGAUGCUGACCAAAGGGCUGAUGGCACCUAGUGUUUGGCAGUGGCAGCAGCAUCCUCUUCAGACCUGUUUACGGUGUGAUUUGAGGCAUUCUUCCUGGCUGUGGAUCCCAUACAAGAUUAACUACCCCUCCCAGUGACUCUAGGAGCUACCUUCAAAUGCUUGCAUAAAUUUCCUUUUGUUUAAGUCAGCCUGAGUCUGUUUCUGCAGCCUUACAAAGAAGACCCUUACUGAAUCACUACUAAGCACUGGGGUAGAGGACACGGAGGACAGAGGACCCACGUAUUUGUUUCUCAACAUAUUAAAAGGGGGUCUUUGGGCCAGGCACAGUGGCUCACACCUGUAAUCCUAACACUUUGGGAGGCGAAGGCAGGGGAAUUGCUUGAGGCCAGGACUAGCCUAGACAACACAGAAUCUACAAAAAAAUAAAAAUUGGCCAGGGGUGGUGGUGCACACCUGUAGUCCCAGCUACUCAGGAAGCUGAGGCUGCAAUGAGCUGAAUCUUGCCACUGCACUCCCACCUGGGUGAUAGAGACCCUGUCUCAAAAAAAGGGGGGAAGGCAGGUGUCUUUGGAUUCAAAACUGGAGUACAAAAAGUUAAUAAUAGACAAUUUACUUCUUCACUGCAUUAGAAUGUGUUGUUUACUAACUUUUCUCUUGUCUCUACACAAAGCCACUUCUCCUUCUGCUGUGUCUUUGUUCCCAGCAGUUACUGGCCCAGAGUGGCACCCACAGCAGAUACCCUGGACGGUGACUGAACUGUUCUGAAAAAUCCAAGUAUGAAUUAUCUGUCAAACAAUACUCCUUCUUCCUGGGAAUAUGUGCUACGUGUAAAUCAAAAUCUCACCCAAAAACAUCUAACACCUAUGAGGACUGUAAAAUCCAUGAAAAAAAAAUGAUAUGCACAUUUCUAAAUGUGCUCCAGGCCAAAAUCUCAACGUUAAAUGGUGAAGCUGAGUUACAAACCAUCCUUGCACAAUUUCAAAAAGUUCCUGAUUAUGGUUCCUUCAUAAGAGGUUCCUCUCUUCAGCUCUUCCCUUCUGAAAAAAGAAAGCCAACUUUCCUUUCAAAUACACACCCCAGCCCGCCCCGGCACACACAGAAAUGGGGACUGUGAGCAGAAGCAACAUCGCGCGCCAUCUGCAAACCAACCUCAUUCUAUUUUGUGUCGGUGCUGUGGGCGCCUGUACUGUCUCUGUCACACAACCAUGGUACCUAGAAGUGGACUACACUCACGAGGCCGUCACCAUAAAGUGUACCUUCUCCGCAACCGGAUGCCCUUCUGAGCAACCAACACGCCUGUGGUUUCGCUACGGGACUCAACAGCCUGAGAACCUGUGCUUGGACGGGUGCAAAAGCGAGGCAGACAAGUUCACAGUGAGGGAAGCCUUCAUGGAAAACCAAGUUUCCCUCACUGUAAACAGAGUGACUGCAAAUGACAGUGCAAUUUACAUCUGUGGAAUAGCAUUCCCCAGUGUGCCGGAAGCGAGAGCUAAGCAGACGGGAGGAGGGACCACACUGGUGGUAAGAGAAAUUAAGCUGCUCAGCAAGGAACUGUGGAGCUUCCUGACAGCUCUUGUAUCACUGCUCUCUGUCUAUGUGACCGGUGUAGGCGUGGCCUUCAUGCUCCUCUCCAAAUCAAAAUCCAAACCUCUAAGAAACAAAGAAAUAAAAGAAGACUCACAAAAGAAGAAGAGUGUUCGGCGUAUUUUUCAGGAAAUUGCUCAAGAACUAUACCAUAAGAGACAUGUGGAAACAAACCAACGAUCUGAGAAAGACAACACCACUUAUGAAAACAGAAGGGUACUUUCCAACUAUGAAAGACCAUAGAAACGUUUUAAUUUUCAAUUAAGUCACUGAAAAUCCAACUCCAGGAACUAUGGCAGUGUUAAUGAACAUAUAUCAUCAGGUCUUAAAAAAAAUAAAGGUAAACAGAAAAGACAACUGGCUACAAAGAAGGAUGCCAGAAUGUAAGGAAACUAUAACUAACAGUCAUUAUCAAAAUACCAAAACCCAACAAAAUACAACUGAAAAAUACCUUCCAAAUUUGCCAAGGGAAAAAAAAAAUUCUAUUUUAAACAUGUAUCCUGAGUUUGCUUUAUUCAACAUGAGAUGUGUGAUGACUGCCAUCCUGAAAAUCUGAAGCCAAACCAUAUGCCUCAGUCUUGAGUGGAAGAAUCACCUUUAUGGUUUGUGGAAGUCUUGGGACAAUCAAAAUAAGUUGAGAGGGAGCAACGUAACAAAAUUUGAGUUAGAGACAUUCAUUUUGAAAAGCACCUUAGUCAAAGUUUUUCCCUCUGAUGUUGUAAUGGGGCAAUGGGGUAGCGCACAUUUGCCUGCCAGGGUAUGAAACAUCAUGCUACCAGCAAAAGGAGAAUAGAAUAGUGGCUACAGUAAGACCAUAAAAGCCAAAAUACAGAAAAUCCAAAGCUGAAGGUUAAACAGAGGAAACUUCAGAACAAAUAAGCCACAACUGACUCUAGAUGUCAGUGUUGUGCCAAGUAACAGCACCAGGGAAGAUGUGGGCAACACAUCUACUUUACAAGCACGUUUGUAAUACUGAUUUUUUUUCUUUUGUUUUUUUUGAGACAAAGUCUCAUUCGGUUGCCCAGGCUGGAGUGCAGUGGUGCGAUCCGGCUCACUACAACCUCCACCUCCCAGGUUCAUGCCAUUCUUCUGCCUCAGUUUCCCAAGUAGCUGGGAUUACAGGUGCGCGCCACCAUGCCCAGCUAAUUUUUUUCUUUUUUUUCUUUUUUUUUUUUGGUGUGUAUUUUUAGUAGAGAUGGGGUUUCGCCAUGUUGGCCUGGCUAGUCUCAAACUCCUGACCUCAAAUGAUCUGCCCGCCUUGGCCUCCCAAAGCUGGGAUUACAGGUGUCAGCCACUGCGCCCAGCCUAUAAUACUGAUUUUUAACCAAUUUAGGAGGGAAAUGUCAGAUAGGAUUCAUGGUACAGCAAGGAUAUUUAUGGAAUUCAUUACCACUUCACUAAGAAAACAUGACAUAAAUUGUCCUUUGAAAGCUACUUUGGUAUAAAAAAAUCUAAAGUGCCCAUAAGUAUGCAUUCAUUAUUAGACACAAAUUACAACCUUACAACCUACUGUGUUUAUUUCAUUAAAGUGUUUCUUUUAAACUGGUAUUGCCUAAGGUGUAUUCUUUAUAAAAUUUAGAAUUUUAAAAUACUUUAAGAUUCCUUUGAAAGUAUUUUUGCAUUGAUGGUUUAAAUCAGUGGUAUCAAACUUUCCUGAUCAUAUGUGCCCAGAAAAAUGGGCAGAGGAAAGGAGGCAGCAUGGAACCUCAUUUUUUUAUGUGUAUCAGUGUAUAUAUGUGACUGCACAUGUGUAUAUGUGUGGGGUUACAUGUGUUUUGUAUACAGUAUAUGCGUGAAUAUGUACGUUUGUACCUUAUACACAAAAACAGAAAUUAAACAAUGGCAUAAGCAGCAAUAUAAAUAAAAAAUGCUAAUAUUUUCCUGCCAUAUUCCAAAAUAAACUGUUUUGUGUAC